UUGCUUCUGAAAAAGGAGACUGAGAAGAAAAAAGUGGACUCCAUACGACGUCGUGGAAGUUUGUGGCAGAACAUCAUGGCGAGGAUCAAACCUCAAGCUCUCUUACAACAGAGUAAAAAAAAGAAGGGACCGAGUCGAAUCAGUUUCGUUACGAUUGGGAUCUACGGUCUGAUUGUUGUUGUCAUGGUGUUUUUCCUUUUUGCUUCAUACAGACACUGGAAUAGAAGGUCAAAUUUUCAGACAGGUGAUAUGAUAUCGAGUGUAGAGCAUGAUAGUUUACGUGUUGACUCGAAGAAAGCUGAAAUUCCCAAGUAUGCUGUGAUAAACACAUCAAAAGGCUCAAUAACCGUGGAACUUUACAAGGAAGGUUCUCCAGAAGUUAAGGGGCGAUUCAAAGGAAUGCUUUUUAACCGUGUAAUAAAGAACUUUGUUAUCCAAGGAGGUGAUGUCAAUAAACCCGAAAGUACAGAAGAUUGGACCUCGAGGGGAAAGCAUUAUAACCAACUUGAUACAAGCCUGAAGCAUGAAGCCUUUAUGCUGGGUACCUCCAAGACGAAAUAUGAUGGUGGAGGGUUCGAUCUUUUUAUCACCACAGCACCAAUCCCGGAUCUAAAUGAAAAGAUUAACGUAUUUGGACGUGUUAUUAAGGGUGAAGAUGUUGUUCAGGAAAUUGAAGAGGCUGACACAGACGAACAUUACCGGCCUAAAGCCCCCAUAGGAAUAGAAGAAGUGAUCUUAAAACAGAAGCUCUGAUCAGUUCUAUGUGCUCCCUUUUAGCAUCUCACUUAACAGAAUGUAAUCAUUGUCUCCUUUACGACUGAGCUAUUCAUGUCCACACCUCUGCAGAAGCUUAUUUCUCUAAACUGUAGCAGCUUUAUUUUUAACUCAUUUUGUAUUUUUACUUUCUUUCUACUGUUAUCUGUACACACAUUAUUGACUCAGAAACAAGUCGUGUACUAAAUUUUUGUCUAUCUUGUCCAUUUUAUUGACUUCUUCCUUUUUGAUUUUAGUAUGUUGAAU